AUGAGGUUCUUUAUUUUUUCUUUGUUGAAAUUCUUCAUCUUGGCUCCAACUCUUGUUUCAAGUCAUCGCUACAAAAAGUAUGAAGAAGCUGCUAUGAUCGUCAAAAAGAUCAACAAGGCUGCUUUAUUAACUAUAGAGAGCCCAGAUGGAGAUCUUAUUGAUUGUAUCGAUGAAAGAACGCAACCAGCUUUUGAUCACCCUCUUUUAAGAAACCACAAGAUUCGGAGCGUACCUAAACAAUGGCUAAAACAGAAGAGUGGUGAGUUGAGAAAAAGUAUUAAUGAAGCAUCCCAAAUUUGGUUAAGAAAUGAGACAAGGUGUCCCAAACAUAGUGUCCCAAUACGACGUACCACAAUUGCCGAUGUUAUGAGAACCAAUUUUAUAACUCAAGUGGAUGAAAAACAAAACUCAAACUAUCAUAAACUUACUAGUAAAUCUAAUGUUCAUCAGUAUGCAACAGUCAUCCACAAAGCGCCAGAAGGGGUGUAUGGGGCGAAAGCACGACUAAAUGUGUGGCAGCCAUUUGUUGAGGGAAUCAGGGAAUUCAGCUUAGCUCAAAUCUGGAUAAUCGCAGGACCAGAUGAUGAAGAUCUAAAUUCUAUUGAAGUCGGAUGGCAUGUUUAUCCAUGGCUCUAUGGUGAUAAUGCAACAAGAUUUUUUAUUUUCUGGACGAAAGAUAGGUAUCAAACAGGCAAAUGCUACAAUAUUCAAAAUUGUCCAGGAUUUGUACAAAAAACUGAUAAAAUGGUUGUGGGAGCUGCAUUGGAAACAAUAUCUCAAUACAAUGAUACCCAAUAUGACAUUACUGUCCUUAUUAGGAAGGAUCAGAAAAAAGGAGAUUGGUGGUUGACUGUUGGUGAGACGGUGGUAGGCUACUGGCCUGCAGACAUUUUUACUCGCUUGAAAGGUGCAGCUACAAGGGUGGAGUGGGGUGGCGAGGUAAUCAACACCGCCACAACGUCUAGAGGUCGACACACCAAAACACAGAUGGGAUCCGGCCAUUUUGCCGAUGAGGGAUAUAAAAAAGCAAGUUAUUUUGAUGGGCUAGAGAUGGUGACUAAGGAUGAUGUUGUCAUUCCUGUAAAAACUGUAUCGAAAGAGGUAACCAAUGACCAAUGUUACAACAUCCUUGUCUACCCUUAUGAUGACGAGUUUGGCACAGGCUUUUUGUAUGGAGGGCCAGGAUUCAAUGAAUCUACAUGCAAAGAGUAA